CAAGGGAAGGUCUAACGUCAGAGGAAGGAGCCUACAGGAUUCAAGUUUUUGGACCAAACAAAAUAGAAAAAAAGAAGGGAAGCAAAAUUCUCAAGAUUUUGGGUUUCAUGUGGGAACCCUUAUCUUGGGUCAUGGAAGCUGUUGCCGUCGUGGCUAUUGUGUUGGGAAAUGGUGGCGGAAAGGCCCCGGAUUGGGAGGUUUUUGUCGGUAUCGUUUUCCUGUUGCUGAUCAACUCCACAAUCAGAUUUAAUGGAGAAAACGAUGCAGCUGCAACUGCACGACAUUUGGCUGGUCUUGCUCUCAAGACUAAGGUUCUGAGAGAUGGUGGAUGGAGCGAACAAGAUGCUGCAAUCUUGGUGCCAGGAGACAUUAUCAGCAUUAAACGGGGAGAUGUCAUCGCUGCUGACGUUCGUCUUCUUGAAGGAGAUCCACUUAAAAUUGAUGAAUCUGCUCUAACUGGAGAAUCCCUUGCUGUCACCAAGAACCCCUCAGAUGAAGUAUUUUCUGGCUCAACAUGUGAAAAGGGUGAAAUAGAAGCAGUCGUGAUUGCCACAGGAGUCCACACCUCUUUCGGUAGAGCUGCCCAUUUGGUGGACACCACCAAUCAAGCUGGGAACUUCCAGAAGACUAUAUCUACAAUUGGUAAUUUCUGUAUUUGUUUGGUUGCUAUCGGGAUUAUCAUUGAGAUUAUAGUCUUCUACCCAAUACAUCAUCGCACUUAUAGGGCUGGAAUUGAAAAUCUGCUGGUUCUCUUGAUCGGGGGAAUUCCAAUUACCAUGCCUACUGUUUAUUCUAUCACGAUGGCUGUUGGUUCCCGCAGGCUCUCUCAGCAAGGUGCCAUCACAAAGAGAAUGACUGCCAUUGAGGAAAUGGCAGGCAUGGAUGUUCUCUGCAGUGACAAAACUGGGACUCUAACUCUCAAUAAGUUGAUCGUUGAUAGAAAAUUGAUUGAAGUGUUUGCAGAGGGUGUGGAGAAAGAGCAUGUUAUCCUUAUGGCAGCAAGGGCUUGUAGGACUGAAAAUCAAGAUUCCGUUGAUGCCGCUAUGGUAGGAAUGCUUGCAGAUCCAAAUGAGGCAAGAGCUGGUAUCAGAGAGGUUCAUUUCCUUCCAUUCAACCCUGUAAAUAAGAGGACCGAACUGACCUACGUUGAUGAAAAUGGAAACUGGCAUCGUGCUAGUAAAGGUGCUCCUGAGCAGAUAUUAGCCCUUUGCAACUCUGAGGAGGAUGUUAGGAAAAGGGUUCGUGCAUUGAUUGAUAAGUUCGCUGAAAGUGGACUUCAAUCUUUUGCUGUUGCAAGACAGGAAAUACCAGAUAGAACAAAAGAUAGCCUUGGGGACCCGUGGCAGUUUGUUGGUUUGCUGCCUCUGUUUGAUCCCCUUAGGCCUGAGAGUGCAGACACCAUCAAAAGAGCGCUUAACCUUGGUUUAAAUAUCAAAAUGAUCACGGGGAACCAGUUAGCCAUUGCCAAGGAAACAGGUCGGAGGCUUGGAAUGGGAGCAAACAUGUACCCCUUUUCUUUAUUAUUUGGCCAAGUAAAUGUUGCUUCAAUUGCAGCCCUCCCCCUAGAUGAGUUGAUUGAGAAGGCUGAUGGAUUUGCUGAAGUUUCUUCAGAACACAAAUAUGAAAUUGUGAAGAAGCUGCAAGAGAGGAAACACAUCUGUGGAAUGACAGGAGAUGGUGUCAACGAUGCCCUUGCUUUAAAGAAAGCAGAUAUUGGAAUUGCUGUUGUUGAAGCUAGUGAUGCUGCUAAAAGUGCUUCGGACAUUCUUCUCACUGAACCUGGUUUGAGUGUUAUUAUAAGUGCUGUGCUGACCAGCAGGAUUAUUCUCCAAAGGAUGAAGAGUUACACUAUUUAUGUAGUUUCAACCACUAUUCAUAAGGUGUUUGCCUUCAUGCUUAUUGCUCUCAUGUGGAAAUUUGACUUUGCACCUUUCAUAGUUCUAAUUAUGGCCAUCCUAAAUGAUGGUACAAUCACGACAAUAUCAAAGGACCGGGUGAUGGCAUCUCCACACCCAGACCGCUUGAAGCUGAGAGAAAUUUUUGUUUCUGGAAUCAUGCUUGGAGGUUGCUUGGUGCUAACGACAGUGAUAUUCUUUUGGGCUAUGUAUGAGACUGAUUUUUUCACGGAAAGAUUUGGUGUGAAGCCAUUGAAUGCUCACGAAUUUGAAAUGAUGGCAGCCUUGUACCUGCAAGUCAGUAUUAUAAACCAGGCCCUUAUUUUCAUCCCAAGGCCUUGCAGCUGGAUCUUCAUUGGACGACCUGGACCUCUCUCGAUCAUUGCUUUUGCCCUUGAUCAGCUGAUAGCAACUCUCGUGGCUGUCUAUGCAAACUGGGAUUUUGCACAGAUGAGAGGAAUUGGAUGGGGUUGGGCAGGUGUAAUCUGGCUUUAUAGUGCUGUAACAUUUCUGGCAAUUGACCACCUCAAUUUUGCAAUCUGCUACUUUCUGGGUGGGAAGGUUGUGCAUAAGCGUCCAGGAAUGGAGGGACAAGAUUCAUCACAAGAAGAGAGUUCUACACCACCUUGUUUUGACAUCCACGGUUCUAUCUCAAAUAUAAUAUCUAUUUCCAACACAGAUUCGUAAGAGGAUAUGUCAGAAUUUGUGUUUUUUGUAAUUUCCAAUCCCCUGUAAGAACAAUCACAUAUUUGAUGAUACGUUGUUUAAUCUUCCAGUCUGAUUUUUCAUGUCAAACAUAUAAUUAUUGGAAAAUGCUACUCUCA